UCACACUCUACUUAUCAAACACACAUAUAAAUAAACUAACAAGCCGCCACUCUCACUAUAUUGUCAACUCCAAAAAGUACCUGAACCAAACUGUAAUAACUAAAACUGUUACCUGUGCAUUUGGUUUUGUAUAGAGAGAUAUGGAAGCAUCACUGCCCAAGUACACAGGUGUAAGGAAGAGGAAGUGGGGCAAAUGGGUGGCUGAGAUUCGUCUCCCCAACAGCCGCGAGAGGAUCUGGCUCGGCUCCUUCGACUCCGCUGAGAAGGCGGCGCGUGCUUUCGACGCGGCUCUUUACUGCCUCCGCGGCCCCGGUGCACGUUUUAACUUCCCGGAUAAUCCUCCGGAGAUACCUGGGGGACGUUCUCUGACGCCGCAGCAGAUUCAGGUGGUAGCUAACCGUUUCGGCUGCGAGGAACCGUUACCACCACCACCGCAGCAACAACAACAAGAAGAACAACUACCGUCGACACAUGGCGAUAGGAUGGAGGAGGAAGAAGGGGAAAUUUCAGCACGUGGGGAAACUAGUGGUGGUAGUGGUGGGCCUACGUUAGGACAAGUUGGGGGAGAUAGUAACAACCACGAGGGUAAUUGCAAUAGCAAUAGUAACGAUACGACGCCGUAUUGGCCGUUUAUGUGGGAAGAAAAUCUUAUGGUUCCUACAACUUCGGAAGAGUUUCCUACUUAUUUCAUGGACGAUGAUUAUACGAAUUUGUAUUUCCCGUCGGCACAAGAACCACAACACGAGCUCUCAUCUGAUUUUUACUACGAUGGAGCAUAUGUUGCUGAAGAUGAUUACUCUCAUUACAGCAUUAACCUUUGGAAUUUCUGAGAUCCAUAUUUUUAUCAGUGAUCUUGGAACAAAAAUUCCAUUAUUACUCAAGGUGAAUCACUAAGCUACUAGUCAUUUUUAAAUCAAUCUAUUUCACAUUUUUUUUUUUUUGGUUUGUGUCUAUGUGCUUUGUAUUACAUUGCACAUUACUUCCAUUAUAGUUUUUUCAGGAUUGGUUUGAUUUAUUUGAAACAAGCCAAUCUUGACCCCUAUUCUUUGGUCCGUAUUCUUUUUUCUAUAAGUGCUUCAUGUCUUGUUGGGAUUUGUGUGUGUUACAGUAUAUUUCGUUA